AGUUGCCUUGGUAACCCGCUGCCAUUACUAUGUCGAUACAACAGGCCUCUCAGUCUCGGGUGUUCGUGGAACUGGUUCCCUGGACUGACCGGGGCCGGGAGAACAAUCUAGUCUCUGGCGGAGAAUCGCUGCCGAGCCUCCGCCGUCCCCUCUUCUCAGCCCACGUCCCAACUUCGACUCGCGAGGUGCACGUAAGCGGCAGCGCGGAGGUGUCCGCAAGCCCAGACCGGGCGCAGGUAGCGGUGCGGGUGAGCAGCACCAAGGAGGCAGCGGCCGAGGCCAAGAAGAGCGUUUGCCGCCGCCUGGACUACAUCACGCAGAGCCUCCAGCAGCAGGGUCUGCAGGCAGAAAAUGUAACUGUGACGAAGGAUUUUAGAAGAGUGGAAAAUGCUUAUCACAUGGAAGCAGAGGUCUGCAUUACAUUUACUGAAUUUGGAAAAAUGCAAAAUAUGUGUAACUUUCUUGUUGAAAAGCUAGAUAGCUCAGUUGUCAUCAGCCAACCCCAGUUCUAUCAUACUCCAGGUUCUGUUGAGAAUCUUCGACGGCAAGCCUGUCUCGUUGCUGUUGAGAAUGCGUGGCGCAAAGCUCAAGAAGUCUGUAACCUUGUUGGCCAAACUCUAGGAAAACCUUUAUUAAUCAAAGAAGAAGAAACAAAAGAAUGGGAAGGCCAAAUAGAUGAUCACCAGUCAUCCAAACUCUCAAGUUCAUUAACUGUACAACAAAAAAUCAGAAGUGCAACAAUACAUGCUGCUUCAAAAGUGUUCAUAACUUUUGAAGUAAAAGGGAAAGAGAAGAAGAAAAAACAUCUCUGAAAUUACAAAAUAUAUUGUGUUUUUGUAUCUUUUUGUCUAUUUUUAUACUUUUUAUAAUGUUUGCUUUUGUAUAGUAUAUAAAGUGUUUCUCCCCAAAAUCUGUGAAUCCUUAAAUAGAAUCCCACAGAAUACUUAUGUUUACUUUGUUUUUAAAAUCUUACUGUGGGAAAUAUUCUUUGGAAAUAAAUAUAUUACAUGCAUACCUAUAUACUGAAUUUAUAUUAGUGCAUGUGUAGUAACUUUUAUAUUUCUACUAUAGGAAGAAAUAUUGACACAGCUAUUAGCAUGAUUGCUAACAUUAAUAGAAAGAAUGAAGAGCAAAACAAAAUUUUUGAUA